AUGGGGAGAAAGAAGGGAAAGAGCCGUCAGAAUCAAAACCGCCAGAAUCAGAGUCCAAUGAAGGCGCCGACGGGUUUCGAAGACCUUGGAAGCCCAAAUUUGGUCGAAGUUAAAAACUCGAAUUUCGGUGACGAGGUGGUGAUUCCGGCUAACGAAACGUCAUUCGAUACAAGAAAUCAGCCAAAAAAUGCUUAUAAGACGGUUUACUUGAGCGGAGAGGAUUUGAGCAUUGGACCAGCACACUCAGAGAAGAAAUUUGGGUCGCGAGGCUCCAAUUCUUCGAGUUAUCAUAACCUGAUCGACGGCGGCGCUUACAACCAGUUCCGUCACUCCCGCCAAAGCCUCAAUCGUUCGAAAAUUGAUUUUGAAAGCGCCGGCGAUCGUGUAAUGGCUGGAAGUCGUUCGAUUUCUCAUAGAAGUCUGUUCAACGAUGAUAGAUCGUUCAGAAACUCCAAAAACCCAUCGAAAACUAGUCUAGCUGGAUCGAAAGUCAGCAUUGAGUGGGAUGAUAUGGGAGAUAAUGGACAAGUGCAUAUUUCAAGAAAAUCGUCGAACAGAGAUUUAAUGGAAAACGGUUAUGAUGAGGCGACGAGAAGACCAUUCGUUCGCAGUCGAACCGUCAGUUCGGGCGGCUCCAACCGUCAAAACAACAAUCUCCUCCCACCAAUGAGCACCAGUCACCGUGAAAUCGAUGCAAUGAAUGAAGACGUUCGUACGUAUCAUGCCGGUUCAGAAUACCUUCAGAAUCAUCUGAGCAAGUUGUCACUUCACUCGAAUAACGACGAAUUCGUGUUGAUUGGAGGACAUCCACCACCACUUUCCUCGUCUACGAACAGCUUGAAUCGCAUCCAUUCUGCACCGGUUCCACGUCCUCGAUCCAGAAUUUCCAGUUAUUCGGAGAAUGUUGAGAAUGGAUUCGAGAAGAUUCCAUCGAUCACAACUUCUCAAGAUGAUCUCGGAAGAUCGAUAUCUCAACAGAGUCUGACUGAAAUUGAUAAUGGACAUGUGUCGAGAGCGUCUUCUAGAUUCUCAAUGGGAACCAACUCAAACACUGACGAUCGUCUCAUACUUGCCGCCCGAUACAGUCAAUCGCCAGAAGCCGAAGGUCUCAGUUCAGACGAUCGUUCUGGUUUCAAACUCCCAAGAAGUCGUCAAAGUUCUGUAUCCAGAUCGAUUGCCAGUGAUAAAGGAGUCGGUUUCGUGGAGAUUCCAACACUUUACAGUCAUCCAGAUGAGAAAUUCGACGAUAAUGAACCAGGAGAGCCGUUUCGCCCGACUUCCGAGCACAGUUGCACACCAACCAGCACUACGAGAACUCGUUCCACUUUGCUCCGAAGUGAUGCUCAGGACGGUGGUUUCUCAUCGUCUUCCUCAAGCCUCUCCAGACACGAUGACGAGAAUCAGCCACAGAAAGCGCUUAUUGUUACUUCGGCGCUCACGCCAGUAAUCCCGAAACGCCAGCCACAUCGAUCCGCCAGUCAAUCUGAGGAAUCGCUCGUCAUGAAGACACCACAAACAGUUCAACGAGCUCACGAACAGAAACAUAUUCGCUCGAAUAUCGGUGAAAAUAUUCGAAAAACUGUGGAAAUCGCUGUGCAGACUGGGAAUUCGAUACGUCUCCGACAAAAUCAACAUUUCGGAGAUGUUCUCAGUGAAUGUGCGUACCUUCCGGAGCCAAAUCGAUUCGGAAUGUCGCCAGCGAAGACUGCUAGUUAUAUACCACAAGAAGAAGUUAUCAUCCCGAAGAAUAGUGCUCCAGAAGUUCCAGAGAAUUCGAUUCGUGCACGUCUUCGUCAUAUAUCUGAUAUCUAUUCGAAUGACGGUGAAGGAUAUACGGGAAGAGUCGAAACUCCGAUUUUGACGUCUUCUGUAAAUCAGAAUUCUGGAUUCGUUCAUAUUCCAAAGGCUCAACCAUUAAAGCAAAUUAAACCGACUUACAAGAAAUCAACGGAAGAAAUUGUUGUGCCGAUCACUAUGCCGACCAAGAACAUCCAACAACCACAGCGUACUGUUGAAAUCCCGAAAUCUACGGAUUUGGAGAAGAAAAAAGAGGAAAAAAGUGGUGAUACGAUCAGAAAACACAUUCCAAGAGGGAGAAUCCGUGAUUUGGCUUCUGCUUUUGAUAAGAUGAAUGAUGGCGCGCCAGUUCGUCCGUUGGAAUUCAAGAGUCAAGUUCAUAUUCCGUCGGCGAGAGAGGAGAACUUUUGGAAUAUGAAGAAACCGGUUGGAGGAGCAGGUGAAUCGAACAACGACGUACGUGUCUCGACACCAUCCAUCCCACUGAGCGGACCAUUGAGUGGCCCUCUAACCGGAUCGUCGUCAAGCGCCUUCAGAAGUUCAACUCAAACUAUUCGAUCACAGGAGGAUCGUAGAAGAAGUACAUCUUCAUCUCUCCAUCACCAGCCACUUGUCUUCACCAGAAACACUUUCCUCACGUCAUCAGUUAUGAAGCCGGGGGACAAAUCGAAUCUCCCGACGAAUGUGGCGAUGACUUCGAACUAUUCUCAGGAUAAUGUUGCGAAAGGAGAUGGAUUUGUGUCUGCUUUCGAGAAGAUUCCACUUCAAACUUCCUCAACUCACCUGCAUUCCGAUGAAAAUGACCGGGAGAGUCGUUAUACUACGUCGCCGAGAUCUGUGAAGACAGCACUUUCAUAUAAGACUCUGGAGAGAGCGUCACCGACAAAAGACACGACAUUUUCAGAAUACUCGAGAAAAGUCGAGGUGCCAGUACGUCUAGAAGUGCCGAUUGGUGGUCGAAAUGAGAAGAUGAGAAAGCAGAGAUUGACGGCGAAUACACGAGCGAAGACUCAGGAAAUCCCGCCGACUGGAAGAACUUUUGAAUUCGAGUCAAGAUACGAGUCACGUGCAGUCAGUGGAGAUUUGAAUGAGCCGAAUGUGUUCGGAAUGCAGAAACCGUUGUUUGCAGCGAGUCGAGAAGCGUUCGGAAGAGAUACUGCAGAGGAUUUGCGAGGCGGAAAACUCGAGAGCUGGCAGCGACAGCAUCAGUGGACGUCGGAUUUUCAGAUGAGCGAAUCGAAGAAUACGAAUUCGGUGACGUCGCCAAUCUAUCAUCAACAUUAUCAGACUAAUAGUAUCACUCCGCCAAUGCCAUAUAGAAAUGAGCACAAGACGUCGGAGGUGUCGAGAAACAAGACGACGUCGAUCCCAUCUACAAGACACUCGAUGUCGAGACAUCCGUAUUCACCACCGGCGACUGAGGACGCUGGAAGUCGCAUCACUCAUCACACAUCUCAAACACUUCAAUCCGAUGACUUGUUCGCCACCACUGAAAACAGCAGUAUUCGCGGAAAAAUCGAUCGAAUGUUCGAUUUUGUGGAGAGUGAUGAUUCGCGUAAAACCCUUCAAGCUCACGAAUCACACGCGUCAACUGACACAAUCGGAACUAACGGAAUUAAUCAUAAUCAGAGUAACAGCAAGUUUAGAGAGGAAAAGUUUUAUACUCCUCGCCAGAAUUGGAGCGACUCGACGACCAAAUUGCUGGGAGGAGUUAAUAAGGCGGCAGAAAUGCCACAAGCACUCAAAGCACGAACCGAGUCACCAAAAAUGAAGUCACCAGAGCGUCGAAAUACGGUAACUGUGCCAGAAUUAGAGCAUUUCGACAACGAGUUGGAGUACUCGCUGUCCCAAUAUCGUGAAAUACAACGAGAGCAACUUCGUCGACGUCUUCCAUCAGCCGACGAGCCACAAUUCUUCCGCUCGCCAAUGCUGUCGGCUCCGCAUGCUGGGCAGUCGAUGCACGCGUAUCGUACGAAAGAUUUGAUGGGAACACCGACAGCUGGAGAGAAGUUUCGAUUCCCAUCUUCAUCGAGCAACUUCAAACUUCCACCGGUCGCUCUCGCCACAUCCACUCCCGUCGAAUCGCCUUCUGGGCGUCAUCAAACAUCAUCUUACUCAAUCAAAGAGAAUUAUUCACAUCUGGAAUUGAAUAACAACACAAAUAGCACCAAUCACCUCCAUCGACCAAAUGAAACAUUCGUCUCAUCGAUUAGCGGAGUUUCAGCAGUCGAUAAGCAUGCGGAUGUAAUGAGAAAAAUCAAUCGUCUAUCGUAUAUGAUAGAGAAUACGCAGAAACAAAUGAGCAUGAAUGAGGCGGCACUUGUGGAUGCGGUGAAGAGAGGACGUCGUUCUCAGGAGAUUGCAUCUCAUCGGUCGAUUCUGAUCUCUCGUGAAACUCUACGUCUUCAACGACAAGAACUUCGUCGUCUUCACGCGUUCUCGGCGGUUAGACGUCCUCCACCACCGGUUGCGAAGGAACUUCGAGGAGCUGUCAUUUUCAAGAAUCUCAUCGUUCAUUUGAACAAACUUUUCGUGUCGAGAUUGACUAUCAAGGAUGACAACUCGUACUCAUUCGUCGCUCUUUUCAAGUUUGGACACCAAGUCGAGGCCACCGAACUCGUUCCGUUGAGAGUUUUCCCUGGAGAAGAGACCUGCGAUAAGCUCUUCUUUGUGAAACAGAUUCAGUUCUCUGAUGUUCCCGUUGACUUCGUUGUUUCCAUUGAGAUCUAUGCGAUGCGUGUUCCAUCCGCCAAGCCGGCCGAGCUCUCCAUUGGGUCAUCGUUGGCCAACAAGUGUAAGAGUCUGAUGGGUCCGCCACAGAAGAAAACUACUGUUCCAGUGGAGACUGCAUUCAAGUUCCGCGGUCGUUUGGUUUUGGAUCGUGACGCUUCUGGAGAGCGUUGUCUCUAUUUGGAUGACGUCACCUAUCCACUCGAAGGGACUGUCAUGAUCACAACUCAAUGUAGCCGUCUCCCGGAAUCAUUCGAGAUUGAUUUCAGAGGAUUUCUGACAAUGUUCCACACAAUAAGCAACAUGGCGAGCUGGGAACGAUACUGGGCUGUCCUUCGUCGUGGAGUCGUCUUCUUCUGGAAAUAUCCGGAUGAUGAACAGAUGGGACGUGAGCCGAAGAUGCAGAUCGAUUUGACAAAGUGUACAAACAACUCGAUUGAGAAAUGCUCGGCGGAUUUGUGUCCGAGACCGGAUUCAUUCGUCAUUGAGAUUCUUGUCGAUGCGGAGGAUGGAACUAUAGGAAGUGUUGUCGAGAAGAAGAGAGUGCUCCUCUCCGCCGACUCGUCCGACAUGCUCUCCCAAUGGCUCUUCACACUCAAUCAAACACUCGACGUCAUCCGUGGACCCAUCUGA